UGUACAACAUGUUGGCGUGAAGUUUACCGUCGGUUUUUUUUUCCUUCGGAGCUCGUAGCCUAGUUGCAACCCCUUUGUUUACUCGCUGCCGUGUGAAGUAUACUGCAGUGUGAGGAGAGCGUAGUGCUCGGGUUUUCCCCGCAGGGUGUCGCGGAACGAGGGAAGCUCAUUACGAUCAAUUUGCCCGGGUGUGCACCACGCACCGCACGACACGCGCAGCAUAAGAAGCCACGUACGAUGCAGGUCCCUGUUUCUUCUCUCCUCCUUCCCAUUCCCUGUCAGAUGGAAACCAAAGGAUUCCGAGAACAGGCGCGGACAGAGUAAAUGCCAAAACAUUUUCUUUCCAUCUUCUGACUAAUACGCUCUGUUGAGCGCUGAUUUCACUCUUUGGUUGAAACGCAAAAAAUCAAGAUGAAAUUUCCAACGGAGAACCCUCGAAAGCCGGGAAACUGGAGUCCACCUCGAGUGCCGGUCCAGACCAACACGGUUCCCCCAAAGAAUGUGCAACCGGGGAUGCUGCAGUCCAGCCUGGUCCAGGCCAGCGUGGCCACCAUGCAGAACCCCAUGGGCUGCGACAUCAGGCCUGGGUCCUUCUGCCCGCUGCCCCGGCUGUCCGUGUCGUCACGCUCGCUGGUGGUGGCCAGCAUGGACCGCGACAGCUCCGCGCUCCAGACCGUCAUGAAGUGGAAGACGGUGCUGGCCAUCUUUGUGGUGGUGGUGGUCUACCUGGUGCUCGGUGGCCUGGGCUUCCGGGCGCUGGAGCAGCCCUUCGAGAGCAGCCAGAAGGACACCAUCACACUGGAGAAGGCUGCUUUCCUGAACAAGCACCCGUGUGUCACAUCGGAAGAGCUGGAGAAGCUCAUUAAGCAUUCCAUUGAGGCUGCCAGCGCUGGAGUGAGCCCCAUUGGAGAGACAUCCCAUAGUUCCCACUGGGACCUUGGGAGCGCCUUCUUCUUCGCAGGGACAGUGAUCACCACAAUAGGCUAUGGAAACAUCGCCCCCAGCACAGAGGGAGGAAAGAUAUUCUGCAUCCUGUAUGCCAUAUUUGGGAUUCCUCUCUUUGGCUUCCUGCUGGCGGGUGUUGGCGACCAGCUGGGGACCAUAUUUGUGAAGAGCAUCGCCCGAGUAGAGAAGAUGUUUAGGCAUAAACACACGCAGAUUAGCCAGACGAAAAUCAGAGUGAUCUCCACAAUCCUCUUCAUCCUGGCUGGGUGCAUAGUCUUUGUCACGAUCCCUGCAGUGAUCUUCAAGUACAUCGAGGGCUGGACCACGCUUGACGCCAUCUAUUUUGUGGUCAUCACCCUGACAACGGUUGGCAUUGGGGACUACGUGGCAGGUGGGGAUCGGGAGAAGAAGUACAAGGAAUGGUACAAGCCUCUGGUGUGGUUCUGGAUCCUCGUGGGCUUGGCUUACUUCGCUGCGGUGUUGAGCAUGAUCGGGGACUGGCUCAGAGUCCUGUCCAAGAAGACAAAAGAGGAGGUUGGCGAGAUCAAGGCCCACGCUGCGGAGUGGAAGGCCAACGUGCGGGCGGAGUUCCGAGAGACGCGGCGGCGGCUGAGCGUGGAGGUCCAUGACAAGCUGCAGCGGGCUGCCACCAUCCGGAGCAUGGAACGGCGUCAGCUGGGACUGGACCAGCGCGCCCAGUCCCUGGACGUCCUGUCCCCGGAGAAGAGGGCCAUCUUCAACAGCCUGGACACCGAGCGCUUCUCGGCCACCUCCCAGGAGAGCAUCGACUCCAAGCUGAACAACCUGCGGCUGCGGGCCGAGCAGUACGAGAAGCCCGAGCAGGCCACCUCCGAGGACAACAUCUUCAACCGCCUGGGCUCCGUCAGCCGGCUGGCCAGGCGCGGCCGCACCAAGGACCUGAAGAAGAAUAUCAUCUUCGGCUGCGGGCCCGCGACCGACGAAGAGGAGAAGGAGGACCACCCCGAGAAGGAGUUCAACACCAGCCUCACCGACCUGCCCGAGUACGCAGAGAGCUCCAAACCCCAGAAUGGGUUCCUGCCGACUCACACCAAAGAGAAGGCCAAUGAAAAGAUGGUUGAGGAAAAAGGACAGCAGACGCUGGCGAGCCCUUAGAAUGGAGGGAGCUUUUUUGGACGUCUCUCAAUGUGCCUUAUCAUCCGCUGUUCUGGACUCUGUGAGCCGAGACAGUGCCUUGGCUGCUGUUUGCUGAUGGACGUUCACUGUGCCGUGAUGACGGUCUUAAUAUCCAACAGAGAAAAAGGGAAAUAAUGUGAAUCAGAAGCUGCAACAGUGUCUGACAAUAUUAACUGACUGGAUAGCCGCGGUAAUGAUGGCUGUUUUUAUUUUAGAAAGAAUGGCUGCAGUAAUUAGAGAACAUUAUUAUGUCAGAUUAUUGUAUCACUCGUCUCAUUAUAAUGUGAUCGCAGAUCACAGAUUACAGACUGCAGGUCACAGACCGCAUUUCAGAUUGUACAUCGCAGAUCACAGGCCGCAGAUUGCAGAUCAGAGAUCACAAUAAUGUUUUGCUCAGGCCUGUGGUCUAAACUUGUGUUUAACAAUCAAAUUCUCGACUCGUGAAUCGGCACUGAUCCUUGUGUGGGGCUUCCAUGCUGUGCGGUUUGGGGAAAAGGGAAUCCGCUGCUGCUGCUGUUUUCGAGCGAUAGGGCCGGGAGCCAGAAGAUCAGAAGACCAGAAGACUUCAAAGACGAUUCAAAUUUUUCGAAUUGAGAGACUUUAGAGACAUUCAGCAGGCCUUUUGAAGGCUUGUUCCAACAUCUAUUCAAAAUGUAUGAACUCUAUUCAAACUUCGGGCGAAUCAAAAAAUAAACAAUGGCUUCACUUUGUGCAUGGUCUUCGAGAAAACCUGUUGUCCCAUAAAGUGCAGUGUAUUCAAAAGCUGUGGAGUUCAUGAUCAUAACACUGAAAACUCAGGGCGUCUUGUCCUCCUGUUGUUUGAAUAUACUUGUCGGAAAUCCACUGCAGUCACACCGAGGCAUUCAGCGUCUGUAAAAAUGUUCCUCAAGAUGUCAUGUUACGGCCAGGGAAGGAAGGAUAAGCCAUAGAGUGAGAUGAUAAGAUGAAAAGCUUCCUAUCCUGCUUGAUCAGAAUGCCUCGAGAAAAGCGCUUGUUAGGUUUAAGAAGUGAAUACAGAGACAGAGGUUGUGCCCCCGAACAAAAAAAUUCUGCGAGCUGCCUACGUCUUUCCUAGACUGCGUUCUGCUAGAGCAGUAACUAGGCAACUGUCAUAAAAGAAUGCAUAUUCGGGAUACUUAGAAGUCAGAUAAGCAUUCUCAGUCAGUGUAAAUCUGUAAUCAUUUUGUGCAGAGGUGUACCAUAAAUAUUUUCCAUCAAAGGUCCUGGCUAUUUUCCUGAUUAGCUAAAUACAUAGUUAGCUGGUUAGCUAAUUGGCUAGAAACAUACUAACAUGACAUCUGCAAAAAGAAAACAGCUAGCUGGCUGGCUACCUUGUUCUGAAGUGAACCUAACUUACUACUACUUGAGCUAGCUAGCCAGCUAGCCUAUGGGCAUGUGGAAGUUAUCUAUAAAAAAGUCAUUUCAGCAUAAAAACGGUCAAAAUACUCACAUGUACAAAUCAUGAGUCAGUAAAUACAUAUUUGCAAAAGUAGGUCUGCCACUCAAUUUUAUGAUAUCCUUUACAAAAUGGUUUCAGCGUACAAACAUGUCAAGUAACUCACAAAUCACAUUUUCUUCAUGUAUCAUUACAUACACAUUUGCAGAAAUAGCUUUGCCUUUCAGAAGUACUGAUAUAAAUAUAUGGCCAAAUUACAAGAAGCUAAUGAACAAAUUACAACUAAUCGACCCAAUGCUUCUCUCUGUUCUUUCAAAUAACCUCAUCCUGAGUGUUGAUAUGCAAAUGAGGGUCAAAGUUUUAGUUUAAUUCCAGCACGUGUUGAAUUGGUGAACUUUAAUGGCUGAAUGUACCAAAAUGAAUGAGCUUUCAGGUGUAUUUUAAAAGUGAACACUGGUGCAGAGACUAGAUUUACCAAAGCUGAUUUGUAAGUGAAACACAAGGGUGGGUAAUUAUUGUAGGGAAAGACAGAACAAGGUAGAUGGAUCACUGACUUAAGUUUUCAUUUAAAAAGAGAAUUGGCCUACUCUUAUCCCUCUUUAAAUAAAAACAAGACAAACUCAGACAAAUCUCAUUUCAUCUUCUGGGAAAUUGGCUUUUUGUGCAGAUAUUUUUUUACCUACCAUGACAUUAACCCAUUUCACCAGCCCAGAAUUUGGGAAAGCAUACGUCUCAUUCACAAUUCAUAGUCCCGUUAUUAUUGAAAAUUCUAUGGGGGAAAGUGAAGUGACGUAAAUUCAAUGUCAGCAGAAUAGAAAGCAAGUAGUUCAAUUCUGACUGCCAGGAGUAGUUGAUUGCAAGUGUCUGCCUAGUAGUGAAUACUGUUUAAUCACUCUGCUGUUUUCUGUAGUUUCUCUGCUCAAAUGUGUAUUACAAGGAUUGAUUUUGGAUCGGUCUGACUUUUUGGGAAUUCCUGAGUGGCUCCUCUGAUUGGUCUGACAUUUCAUCUAGGGCCUUCUGAUUGGUCCUGGACAUUUGCGAUGGGUAGAGCAAUAGCCCAGUGUGACUGCAGCACAUGAUUUCCUAAUAAAUGUUUGUUAUGAAAAACAAUGAUAAAAUAAAAUAAAAUAAUCAAUACAAAAACAUAAAACUAAAGACAUGGAAUGAAAAGCAUGCAAUUGUGCAGACAUAUUCUCAUGAUAAAGGUAUUGAUUGUACCCCUACAUGCUUCUAAAGGUGACCCCUAUGCUGAGCGUCUUAUAUUAUUUCCACAUUGUGAGCAGGGCUGAACUGCACCCGAUCUGUCUGUUCUUCACAGUAUUACUUGU